CCGUACCGGUUCCAUGUACCGGUUAGUGGUUCAAACCUUUUUAAUUAAUAUCAUUAUUUAUAGUUUAAAUUACAGAGGUAGUUGUGGUAGAGGUUGUGAGAUAAACAAAAGAUUUUUGAAUAUAUAACUAUAUGAACAAUAUUUAUCUUUAUACCUAAAAUGCAAAGCAAGUUUUAAAGAAUACAUUUUAUAAUGGAAGAUACAUUGUUUCAACUAAAAUUUGCUGCGAAACAAUUGGAAAGAGCGUCCAAAAAAUGUGAAAAAGAGCAAAAGAUUGAAGAGGGUAAAAUCAAAAAGGCUUUGCAGCAAAAAAAUGUAGAUGGCGCUAGAAUUUAUGCAGAAAAUGCAAUACGCAAGAAAAGUGAAUCACUGAAUUAUUUGCGCAUGGCUUCUAGACUUGAUGGUGUUCGAUCCAGAGUGCAAUCUGGAAUCAUGAUGAAAAGUCUUACAAAAAACAUGGGAACUGUUGUGAAAGGAUUAGAUAAGGCGCUAGCGUCCAUGGACCUUGAAAAAGUCUCGGCUAUUAUGGAAAAGUUUGAAACUCAGUCUGAGCAGCUAGACGUACAUUCAUCUGUUAUGGACAGUACAAUAAGUGAUGCAAUGACUUUAUCAACGCCACAAAGUCAGGUUGAUUCUCUUAUUAUACAAGUGGCUGAAGAAAAUGGCUUGGAGCUAAUUGAUGCUUUAGCAGAAAUCGGACCCGGGACUUCAUCGCUCCAGUCAGUUGCAACUACAGCAAAACCAAGCAAAGAAUCUGAACUAAAUAAAAGAUUGGCAGCUUUAAGGAAUUGAUCGAGAUUUUUCUCUGUUCGGUUUAUUUUGUAAAUGCUUUGAAGUAAUAUCAAAUGAUGUUUUGGACAAUCGAAAAUAGAGUUAAUCGAGUAAAAGUUUGAGACUACUUAAUAAGAAACAUUUUUUAACUGUAGAUUUUUUUUUUGUUAUUAAUAAAAUGAUUUUUAAAAAAUUAA